CACGUGGAAAUAAACAGAACGCGGAGGUUCAGCUUUCGCCUUUCAGGGUCUCAGCGCAAUUAGUAGUAAUCAGAUUAAUAAUUAAUCAAUUAUUAUUUAUCCCGAUAUAUUAGGGUUUCCUUUCUUUCCAUUUCUUGGAGUACGAGUUCCCACGUCGAGCAGUGAAUUUCUUCCUUCUUCGUCCACUCGUCACCUGUUAACGUCUUAUUGUGUAGUGCGUGCUGCACUACGGACUGGUGGUUUUCUGAGCUGUCUCGUUGAAUUUUGCUAAAGAUUGUGCCAAAUGCUCUGCAGGUUAUGUUUUCUACAACCUUGCUGAUAAAGCAUUGAAAAAGAUUGAUUGGAGAAGUUAUGUGCUGAGGAUGUCGAGUUUAUGGGAUGCCGUGCUGUUGAUUUUCGAUUAUAUACAUCCUGCUUCCAUUAGCAGAUGCUCGUUGUCUAUUUGAAUUUACGUUGUUCACUAGUUGGAGCAUGUAGCAUAGGCAAUUGUAGUUUGGAAAUUGCAUCUCUCCAAGUCAGAAGAUAGCCAGUGGCACGCCUUAUAAGGGUUGAAAGCUAGCAACAUUUUAGUGGUAAGGUCUGUUGAAAAUAGCUAAAACGGGGUCGCUGUGUUGUGUGGCCGCAAGGCCACAUGGGUCAAAUGCUGCCGGUAGGGACUGGUCCAUGGAUCCACAUGAGCCAUACUGGCGAACCAAUUCAAGCUUCUCGCCACUACCAUCAAGAUGGGAUUUUCGAUUUCAAUCUGAUGACUGGCAAGAUGGUAGUCAACUGUUUGGGUCUUCAUCUUCAUCAAACAGUAAAGAAAGUAGCAGAUGGAUGAGAAGCAACCAUCUAUAUGGUCACCAUUAUUCAUCUGAUGUUACUGGGCUGUUUUUGAGUAGUCCAUCUGACCUUUCACAGGGUCCUCAAUGGACACCUCCAGCAAUCCAGGAAAUCAGCAUUGAUGAGUAUGAAGCUGCCACAAGGAAAGAUAUGGUUUUGCAGCAAUCACGCUCUACUCCUAAUGCAGAGGGAAACUCCGGAAAUCCAGAUAGUGCAGGCUCCACUUCUCUCCAUUCUGACAGUAGUGAAUCUGAGUCUGCUACAAGAACGAGAUUACCAUCUUAUCAAAACUUCUCAAGUCACCAUCGCUGCUUUUUAUCCAAACCUGUUCACCCUUUCUCAUUCCCCAAUCGAAGUCCUAGAGGAGCUUCCGACUCCACAGCUGUUUGGUUGUCAGAGUUUGAUACAACUCAACAUAGAGAUUCCCAUCCCUGUAGCAGUACUAGAAGCAGUGCUGAGUUUGCAGAUGUUUCUGAGGCGUUUGGAUGUGAAGUUCCAGGCCAAACCUUUACCCCAUCAGUUGGUUUUAGAUGUGGAUUAUGUGAAAGAUUUCUGUCACAGAGAUCUCCAUGGGGUUCUCGGCGGAUUGUGAGAAGUGGAGACAUGCCAGUUGCUGGGGUUCUCUCUUGCCGUCAUGUUUUUCAUGCAGAAUGUUUAGAGCAGAUAACCCCAAAAACUCAUAGGAAUGAUCCUCCUUGCCCGCUCUGUGUCAGAAUGGAGGAGAAUUCCCCUGACCAGUGCUUAUUUUCCAGGUUGAGGAAUAGUUUCCCAAAGCUAAGGCCGUUUGGUGAAGAUGGUCAAUCAAAACCAUGGGGAUGUACGCAGGUGGGAGACUGCGUGGAAGGAGCUCUGCAUGCUCCUCCUCCAAGCAAUACCACGUUGUUUCUCAACCGCAACCGUAUCAGGAAGAGCUUGUCAUUGAAAACUAAUUCAAGCAAAGAAUUCCCUGGUAAGUUGAAGAAAAAUGGUCCAUACUCCCUGCAGCUGGUCGGUGGAAAGUCAGUCGAUCAGAGCCCACUUGGUUGCUCAGAGGAAGCUGGCAUUAUCGGUUGAUGUUGUUAAUAUGUAGAUGGAAUUAUUUUACAAGUUUUCCGACUGUAUGUUUGCUGAUUGAUUGAAUGUCUCAAAAGGGUGUUCGGAAGAGUAGGUCAUAUCUUAUACUGAUGGUUAAUGUGUGUCUGGACGUUUGAUCUUCUCAUCUGACACCGAUAAUUUUUAUGUAUGAUGUGAAUUAAGAAAAUUUAAAAAAAAAGAAAUGGCCCAUGCAGGUUUCGAACCGGGAAGGUCGCGCUAUUAGCACGA